UGACGCUUAAGGAUUUUGAUAAACUGCAGAUGCAAUCUGUUUACAGAACACUGAAAAAACAAGCGCUGCAUUCAUAGAACAAGGGUAAUCAUUACAACUUAGAUGUCUUUGGCCUUUCCUCCAUGAACCUGACAAGUUUACCUGGCAGAGGGUUAGUUCCACUUAAUAUUUAACCAUUAACUACUUCCUGUGACGGUCAGUUAGUGAGGCCAGCACUGCACUGCCCAUACUGUGUUCAUUUGUGUCAUUGAGCUCACUAGCAGUAUUUGGUACAAAUACCCUUUCACCUAGUUACCCACUUAAACUUAAAAAAAGCUUGUCAAACCAGAGAAAAGAAAGUAAUAUUUGCUUGGUUUUAAAACAAGUAUAGUGGACUAAUAAAAACGUUAAUUUUAGCUUUGCACUGGUUCCUUUACUGCAGGUGUGUCACACUGCAGAGGACUACCGGGGCUAUGACGGGGAGUUGGGUCUGUGUGUGUGCAAAGAGCCUCAUGGAAGAUCUGCAUGUGGAGGCCUUUGUAGGAGAAGGCCAGCUACUGAGUUAAAGCUCAACUGCCAGUCCAAUGGAGAUAUGGAGCUGGUGUGGCGUUAUGGCAGUCAGGUGACAGGCGUCUCAGGCAGCGCGCUGGAGAUGUUUUUCAAACAGUCAGACUCCCCUGGGGCUCCUCUGUGCAACAGUUAUCUCAACUCUUCACAUGCUGUCUACAUCGUUCAGACCACCGAGGCAGGCUUCAUCGGCCUCCUCAGCGGCCUCCCUAAGGAGCUUCAGCAGCUCUUUCCUGUCGGCACACAGUGGGACACUCAGAGUUCAGGAAGAGAUUUUGACGUUCUGUGGGAGGUCACGGAAGAUGAACAUGUCAGUCGUGAAGAAAUAGAAAUAAAUUCCAGCAGCAGGAUGGGAAACAAGAGCGAUACCAAAGAAGAAGUGAAAGACACAAGUGUACCCGGAGUCCUGAACCCCACAACGUGUCUCCGUUUGGGGGACGUUAUACUCUUCACUGUGGAUACACGUCUCUAUCCUCAGUAUGAUCUUGACAACUUGUACAACACAAACAGCGAUUUCGACUGGGGCGCAUUCAGACAGCUAGAGGAAGAACUGACCCUGUCUUGGACUCCUCCUAGUUUCUUUGCAGUGGUCUUCAGCCAGCCCGGAGUAUAUGUUUUUACCCUGAGCAGCAAUCAGCACAAACACAUGUAUGUGAGGGUGAUGCCUGCAGGCGGCCAGUGUUAUGAGCCCAGCCCCUUCUUCCCCACCAUUCCUCGUCAUGUGACCAGGGUGGGAAUCAGUAGGAGACGCAACCUGCUGCUGAGGCCAGACUGGCUGGUGACCGGAGGACUACUAUUUGGAGCUGUGGUCAUCCUCUGUAUAUGUGUUACACUGCUGAUCCUGUUUCGUGAAUAUGGAUGGCCUGAGAAGCAGCCAAUCACAGCCCGGUAUCGUUUGUCACAGCUGUCCUACCAAAUGGACGACUACUCGUCCAAAGGCUCAAGGGUGAUGUCACUGAGGAAGAUUCACCGAAACCAUCAAGCUUUAAUCACACAAGACUCCACUCCGCCAGUCUGUGCCGACACCUUGGAAGAGUUUUGGGAUUAUGAGCAUCAGGUUGACCUGGAAGCAUUCAGCAGCAACACCUUCUACAGCCUCCUGCUCAAACAGAGUCUGUCCGUCACCACACGUCUUGGACAGCUCACCACUGAGGUAAAGGAGCUGUAUCAGGGAGUGCUUGGGAAACUGCAGCUACUCCACCCUUGCUUGAUCACCGAGGAGAGAAUAGGAGAGGGGUAUGAGAGGAUGAGGAGGGAGGUGGAGAAGGAGGUGGUACGACGGAAGACUCUGGCCUUACAGCUGAGGACACUGCUCGACAGUCAGCUGCAGGUCUUGAGGCGAGAGCAGCAGGCCCAGCAGAGGGCGCACAGCGUGUUCACAGCUCAGCUCAGAGAGUGCACACGACUACUCUCCAAGGUUUACAACAACGAUCUCCAACAGAAUUCGACCCGGAGGCUGACCUCCCUGGUAGCGGAGAUGGGGGAGCUGGUGUCAGCAGAGUGCCAGCGUCAGGGGGCCUGGGGGUUUCUGGGGGAGGGUGCGGGGGCCAAGCUGCUCUGCCCUGACUCUGGAACCGUGCUGACCAAGGACCACAUCUUUGGUCCUGAUGGAUCCAUGCGUCCUUGCAGGGCCCUUCAUUGGGAUUCAGUUACAGGACUCUUAAGGCCAAAUGCUCGCAGCCACAUGCUGCUGAGCAGCGGCCACACCGUGGCAGUGCCACCAGAUUUCGCCAUCAACCCGCAGACCGGCAGAGUGAUGCCCAUAGCUGGCAACGUGGCCUAUGAUCCUACGAGCUCUACUCUAGUUUUCACCACAGACUCGCGUACAGGAGACAGCAGGAAGUGGGACAGCCCCCUCCUCCCUUUCAUUCCUUACCCAACCUCCUGCCACUCAGAACAGCCGCUGUCCAACACUCGUCUUAGAGGCCUCAAGCCGGGCCAGACACUGCAGCUGGGAGUUCCCAUGGCGGACCCUGCCACAGGAGUGCCGGUGCCAAUUCUGGCUGUAACCAUCCACCCCCAUACAGGACUCGUCUACCCACUGGGCGGGGUGCACGUCUGUCCCCUCACCCGCCUGCUGCAGCCCAUACAGAUUGGCUACCCCAUGCUGGACUCCAAAACUGGGAAUGUUGUGCUCACUGUUGGGGUCAGUCUAGACCCAGCGUCAGGCGUUGUGCUGCCAGUCGGUGGAGUCCUGCUGGCGGAGUCCUUUAUUGAACCUCUAAGUGGCCGGAUGUUGAGAGUGGGAGGUGCCAGCAUGCAGGCCGGCCAGCUGCUGCCUCACGCUGGUGGAUACCAGACCUUUCUAGACAGCAAGGUUCUGUCCGUGCUGUUCAAAGUGUUGGAGCUUCUGAAGACACUAACUGAGGUGUGGGGAUCAGACCAACAUUUGCAGCACCAUCAGGGCAGCGAGAGAGGGAGCGGCCGCCAAGAUCCUCUUGUAGCUGCAGCCAAAGAGCUCCAGCAGGCCUGGGGACGCAGCCUGCACUGCCAGCUGCAGCUGCAGACCAGGUUGGGUAUCCUCCUCGACUGGGCUGCAGGUCUGCAGAAGGAUGGCGGGGCUUUGGGAGAGAUGCCUCUCUUAGGUUCAGAUGUGUGUGUGCCCGCUCUGCUGGGGAUGGAGUACCCUGACCCCAUGGGAUCUGGUCUGAGUGUGCCGGUGCUGGGGGGUCAGACUGACUUUGUCUCUGGGAAAAUAAUACCGCUGGCCGGUACCAUGGAGGACCCUGAUGGAAAAGGCCUGGUGGCUAUCCGUUACGCUUCUCAGGCUGUGGACCCGGUGACUGGGGUGCUGACCCCAGUGGUUGGAGCCAGGUUGGAUGUGUCCAGGAAACACGUGGUACCGGUCACAGCCUCCUACUGGCUAACGGUGGCCAGUCAAACUGAUAGUGUGCAGGUGGAGGCGCUGCAGAGGGAAGUGUGUGUGCGAAACACUUACUGGCAGCAGCAGAGGCAGCGGGAGGAAGAUGUUCUAUCUGACCUGGACUCAGCCUCAUUCCAAUGUCUCUUUAGAGCUACAGAAAUAAAGUCUUAUCAGGUCCAGUGGUCGGGGAGGCAGCUGAAGGAAGCAGCCAUGGAACUGCAGGGUUCGGCGCAGAUGGAGGAACAAAGGAGAGCAGCUCAGCGCUCCCAUUUGGCUCUGAUCUUGCCUAUGCAUGUACUGCACAUCCUCACACAGGAUGACGAUGAAGAGUGGGAUAGGCAGUGUCUGUGGCACUCAGAGCUUGUGGCGGGCCUUGAUAAGCUGGAUGUGAGUAUGGAGCAGCUGCAACAAGACCAAGAAAAAUGGACAGCACAAAGAGGAGACUGGGCUUCAACCAUCCAUGCUACGGUCAGAUUACUGGAUUCACGGUCUGUUUUUUGCACUGAAGCUUAAUUGGUGACUCACACAGAUAGGUCAGAUGUUUAGCUCCCUCCACCACCAGCAAAGCCAAAAUGACUUAUAACGCUAAAGGGAGCUUUGCAAUGUGUGGAGAUUGGACUUAGGUGCCCGCCAAGAUGCACUCUGUCACGUUGUCAUCCGUUGGUAAAAAAGACUAAAUGCUUCUUCUCAAGGUGAAGCCGCUGUGUAUUUAUUCUGCAGGACAGAGAGCUGAGACAGCGAGAGUUGUGGGAGCAGUGUUGCUCCAGACUGACUGAGUUGGAAGCUUCUCUUAAUGCGCUGCAUUUUGUCAGACACCUCUCUCAACUCCGCGCAGACACUGCUCAGGCGGUGCUGUGUGGGGGCUUUUGGUAUAGGGAACAUGGUCUGGUCACGUGCAGUGGACGGAGGCCGACUGUGGAGGUCAGAGCUUUGCUUCAACAGAUGGCUUUGCCUCUGCUGGAGAGACUGAACAAGCUCCUGGAAGACAAACAGCCUGCCAGCUUCUCUGCCAACACCUGCAAUCAGCACACU